AUGGCCGCCCCCCUAUCUGUGAUUACCCAAUGGCUGAAGAAAACAUACCCUCGUCCUGCGGUUGAUCCUGAAUGGCUCGAAGGAUGUUACUCUUGGAUUGUAGAAGAGCUCCAGCUAGACCCCUCCCGAGACAUGAAAACGAUCCUAGAAAACGUGGACACACAGCUUCUAGAGUCUGACUUCGCGGACAGUAUGCGCAGCGGCUCUGGUAUACCACCGAACGCCAUAGGUGCAGACGAAACGAUGGUGAUCAAAGGUCCCAUCCUCGUCGAAGUUGUCGAGAUAAUGGAAGUCGGUCAAAGCGCGUAUUCGUUGCUGCAGGUCCACGAAUCCCGCGUCGAGUACCAGAAGCAGGCCCAGAUUCGUACCGCUAGCGGAGACCCUGAAGAGCACAAACCGAUGCCCAAGUUUCCGAGAUCUAUGUUGCAGUUACGUUUGAGUGACGGCCAGCAUGUCAUCACCGCGGUUGAGCACAAGAGUUUACCGGGAAUUGAACUUGGCGAGACCCCUCUUGGUUUCAAGGUAAGUUGCCGUUUCAAUUGA